UUCCUGUUGACGCCAUACCAGCUUCUUCAGUCAAGAAGAUAUCGCUUCACUGUAGCAGAUAAACAUGCCGCUGCUCCUGAGGGCCAUCGCCAGCCGUGCUGCUCCUGUCCUUCGGAGACACACCGUCUCGCAGAGGGCGAAUAUCUACACUGCUCCGGCCAAGGAGAAGAUCGGCCCAGUCGAAACUGUCAUUGCACUCGGCAUGUUCAGCCUGGCCAUCCUGGGACCAUCUGGAUGGAUCCUGGCCCACUUGGAGGACUACAAGAAGAAAGAGUAAAGAGGACAUUUUAACAGUCUCAUACUUGGUGUGUCCAGCCUCCUGUCUCCAGUGACAACAUGGGACCCUCAACAUUAUGUUCCGCUCCAGAGAAGAUAAUGGAACAAGUUUUACUUCACUCUUUUACCUCUCGUACAGUUCAUUCCACAUCUCGGACAGAAACCAACUGCAUACUUGAACUGAGAAUUGUAUUGUACAUUUUCCCUCUUAAGGAGUAUGUUACAAGAAAUUAAUUAAUAAAUUUUAAACUCAACCAUGA